AUGAACCCGUCAGAUGAUUUAGUUCAAAAAUGCCUUAUUGAAGGACAUAUCAAAUUUUAUGAAUAUACUCGCUUCAAGGACGUUGAAUUGAUUGGUGAAGGUGGUUAUGGAAAAGUGUAUCGUGCUACUUUUAAAGACAAUGAAGUUACUGUCGCUUUAAAGUCAUUUAAAAGCAAUAAUGUGACUAUUAAAGAAAUUGUUAAUGAGCUUAAAUUACAUUGUAAAGUGGACAUGCAUUCUAAUAUUAUACGUCUAUACGGUGCUACUAAAAAUGAAGAGAUUAAAAAUGGUCUUCGAGAAAACCAUAUCGAAGGAACACCACCUGCCUAUAUCAAGAUCUAUUCAGGUAUAAGUCGACCAGAUAUUCAGCAAGUCUUAUUACACCUAAAAGAUUUUAAUGCCUAUAAUGAACAUGAUGUAAAUAAAAUUGAUCAAAGUUUUAGUUUAUUAAAAGUUCAUGAAUCAACAACCCAUUCAGCUAAUCAAAGUGAUUCAA